CUCGGGUUUACCCUAAGCGAGACUAGGAAGAUGUUAGAUGAUGAAGAAUUGUCUUGAGACUGAGUAAUACGUACAUCAUACCACUAGACCUGAGUCUUAUUAGAUGUUUUGUUGACUGUGAAUGAUUGCUGUGAACUUACCACAGGACCAACACGUGACUUUGAUGAAAUAAAUUGAGAUAGAUAUGAUUAUAUAGUGCGAUACAAACGAGUCUGGCUGAAGUGGGUGCAGGGUUACAUUCAUGGAUGCUGCUCCACCUGUACCGAAACCACCAGAACAUCAGUCCCACCCAACCCAUGUGGGGGGAUUAGUCCGGCUACGGCAGCCUAGAACUGCGCCCUUCGACAAAGACAUCUCGCAGGGCACAUCUACUUAUGAAGUGAGUCAAGCCACGCUGCAAAACUAGAACCCACCAACUGUAUCCUCGAUCUCGAGUUAUCCAACCAGACUGCGUUACCCACUAGAAAUUUAAAACUUCAAGUAACUCGACAUGUCAAAGUUUCCGAACAUUCAGAUACGCGAUGCUGAAUUCCCGGGUGACAAGGAGGUAGUGGGGCAGCUCUUCAAAGCAUACGCACAGUCAUUGCCUGUCAGCCUCGACUUCCAGAACUUCGACCACGAACUGGCGGAAUUACCUGGAAAGUAUGCAUCGGAAAAAGGAGGGGCGCUGUGGCUACUAUGCUCCUCAGCAGGAAACGGAGACGCCGCGGCAAUGCCGACUGAAGGCAAGAAGGCCGGCUUCAGCACCGCAAGACAGGAUGAACAGGCUAUAGGAUGCAUAGCUAUCCGACCAUUCUUUACGACGCCUACCACCACUGCAUCUGCGACAUUGCUAGCACAUUCAACAUCACCGCCUACCAAAACAUGCGAGCUCAAGCGACUCUAUCUUGCACCAGAAACGCGGGGUCUGGGUCUUAGCAAGCCAUUGAUGGAAGUUGCCAUCUCGCACGCGAGAAAGCUGGGUUACAAGGAGAUGCUGCUCGAUACGCUACGAAACAUGACGACUGCGAGAAAGAUAUAUGAGGGCUAUGGAUUUGAAGAGGUCGAUAGCUAUUACGAGAACCCGAACGAUGCUGUGUUCUAUCGCCUGAAGCUCUAAUAGAGUGCCUACAGGUACAUGUACGCUGGAUACGGUAAUCGUGUCGCGUUGUGGUGUAACCAGGGACAUGACGCAAACGCGUCGGGAUGGGAGUAAUUUAAAGUUCAGGCGUGAUCGCGCGUCGCGACAUUCGUCAUCGAUUCUUCGCUUAGCGC